AUGCCACGACCUACCUCAGAUCGGAUCUGGUCGAAGGGGUCUGCCACUUCGCAAAGCUCCACCUCGACCCGUAGCGACCAGUCCAGCCGUUCCAGCCUCUCCAGUCACACCCAGUAUACCACUCUCACGUCUUGUAGCGACACCAAGCCUGUUGUCAAGCACUACCACAGCUAUGAGGAGCGCGAGAUAUUUGAUGGGCCCUCGGCCUGUAUUGACGACCAUGAAGACGACCCUCGAGCAUCAAUCGACACAUACGCCUCGACAACUGCUUCUGAGACUGAUUCAUCAAGACCUCCAAGCUUAUGUCCUUUGAUGAGACAUAUAUGCUAUAAGCCUGAUGCGAUUGCCACCACCCCUGUCGAGUUCGGAGAGCUAUUUCCAUCCACAAGAAGAAUCCUCAUUCAACACGAUGACACCACCCCUGAUGGAAAUCUGAAUCUUCGCAUUGACACCGAGUUGACCAUCUCCAAAGGGCACAAGCUGAAGCUGACCCUCUUCCACCUUCGAAUGUACGAUCUUGCCGAACGCCAGUUCUCACUUCGGCGAUAUCAGCGGCAGUCGGGUCGGGAAGUCUGCAACUCGAAGCGGAAGUAUCUGAAACCAGUCGCUGAGAGACCAUCGUCUUCGACAUCCUCGCCCCGGCGGCGGUCAUUUACCUCGACUCUCGCCAAACUCAACCUCAGAACGCUAAAGAGCAAGCCUCGCCCGAAGCCGGCUCAAGAGAUUCGAGGCGAGGAAUCGGACGAAGAUUUCAGUUCCUUCGCUGAGCAAGUCGACGUCAAGGCCACCAUCCCCACGGAUACCAUCAAAAUCGAGUUCUCCAACUAUGCCCAGGUCGAACUAGAGCGGAGUAAGACAGGGGACAGCAAAUAUGAGUUUGAGUAUUGGGGUGAGCGGUAUUCGUGGAGACGGAAUAUCUACCGGGAUGAAUCAGAGCUGGUAUUCUCUUUUGAGCUGAUCACGUUGUCUUCGGGGGUUUGCAUUGCUCAUAUUACUCCAGACAAAUUGUCACGGAGACAGAGCAGGCAAGAAGCGGCGCUGGGUGGCUGGAUCCCACCGUGCAGCCUGCGGCUCACAGAGAAGGACAUCUCGAAUGACUUGGGAGACGUGAUCAUGGCAACCGGACUCAUGACCCUUGUGGACGACUGCAUCAAAAGACACUGGGAUGAGCCACACCGCUCCUGA